ACCAUUGGCAGGUAGGCCAGCAGACAAGUCCGAAGCAGAGAAAGUGAUCUCCGCGCGUUACAGCGAUAUGGAGUGUGUUGUCAGGAGCUGCUGAUUUGCUGGAUUGUCGUCGGGUGCACAAACUAUUGUGGGCGUUCAGUUUCUAAACCGGAAAUGGCAGCUGCUUGUCACGUGCUGGCGCAACACUGCUGUAUCCGGCGGAUAUCCGGUUCUGCUGACGGUCCUCACACGGUGGAAUUGCCGUCCAAAUGGAUCACAUUCUGCCAGCAUGAAGGUUACUGCAUGCUACAUGCUCUCACUUGCUCUAGCAACACGAAAAGUGCGCACAUUCCCAUGUUGAAGUGGACAGCGGCAUACAAGAAGGCUGCUGGGGUUAAACGUUCGCCAUCCGCGGGAGCGGGGGGCGGUGCUGGUGGUGGAACUGGGAGCGGUCCGUGCUACAGUAUCAGACGAGCUGCGGCCAAACUUCACCUGUCCAGGAAACGGAAUCGUAAGCCGUCCGUUCCAGGGUUCAACCCCCAGCAGGACAACAGUCAGCAGUGUAACCAGAGUUUUGACAAAGAGAACAGGACCCGUGACCAGAACAAGCAACAUGGCAGCAUGUCUCCCAGAACACGUGACAGCGUCUACAUGCGGCUGGACGCCAUACCGGCAGCGUUACGCGAUGUCAGUAACCACUACCAGACGUCUCCCGCGGGCACCUCCCCAGCGCCACCUGUCGUCACAAGAAACAAGAGCCGACCCCGGAAGUUCCCUUCUGUUAGAUAUCCAAAUGGAGCUGACGUCGGAGAGACCGUAAAUGUUUCACAAGAACACUCUUUAGAAGCAUUUCCUGUACGUCCUCACAGUUGCAUGUCUUGUCAAGAAGAAGAAUCAUCAGAGUUCAGAAUACGAAGUGCGGACUUUCCUCUCAGUCCCGGAACCACGGGCGACAGGCUGUCCCACACUCCUGCUUACAACAACACUUCUGGAACAAGAACCCACUCAACUCUGCACAUAGAAUAUUCUCCAUGUCCUAUAAGGACGACUAGAAGUCUCGUGGCACUUAGACGUCGUGUAACUGAGGUCUUUGUUCAGUCGUACCACAGCGUCGGGACGCUUCAUCAUCCUCAAAAGAGUCAUGACAAUCCAAUCUACUUUGCUCUAGCCCAACACAGAAGUUUGCCAUAUCCGAUUUCCCUCAAUACAGAGACAAAUUCAGAUUUCACCAAUCGUGAUUUAGAAAAUUCUCCACACGGACGCUGUGCUGAUGGCGUUCCCUUCAAGUUGAGGCGGAAAGAUCCCAGUUUGUGUUUUACUGAAGAAGUUAAUGGCACAGACAAGGACAAAGAAAAAGGGCACACCAAUUUAGAGGACAUGAGUGGCCCUAAGGAACCUCUUUCUAAUAAUUUUCCCCUUUCUCCAUUGUCACGUAACAUGGCUUCCUUAAGAUUAAGCAGUGGGCCAAGAGACUGCUCCCUCCUGCCACCUGCCCCACGUAUCACCCCACCAUCUCCAUUCCUAAACUCCACAACGUUCGUGUCCAAUCUCAUCUCAACAAGCCAGAAUCAACUGGCACAGGUACAUAAUCACGACGUGACGGAUCCUAGGUUCUUAAGCUACUACUCGAUACUCAGUUCGGCUGGCGUUCCUGUCAAGACUUCGGAACCAAACACCAUAAGCUGCUCUUCAGAACGUAACCAAGAGAGUCCACACACACCAACCACUCAAGGUCCGGUUAAAAGAGUCCUAUGUUACCCUGAAGAAAGUCCUGUGAAGAAGACAGAUGCGUCUCAAGAAGUGGAUAGAGAAUUGACGAAGAGACCUUCGCUGAGGAGAGCCAGAACUGGGACUUCAAACAGUGAAGAGGGUCCCCCCGUGAAAGUUCAGUCUAUAGUUCCAUCCAGUGGCCAUUUAAGGGCCUCCUAUCACGAAAGUAAACCGAUUUCAGAGGAGAGAGAAGCAUACUACAGGUCCAGUUCCCCAAAUGUAAGGACUGCAAGACGUAGUGUAAAAAUAAACCGCUCGAGAAAUAGCUUGAGACGAAGCUCAAACCUCAUUGGUAGAGAAGACAAAGACGCGGAACUGAAGGGUGCUGGACGCAGAGUAUUAGCUAGUGAUAACGCGGUCUGUGAUAGCACAUGCAGUGACGAAAAGUCUCCCUAUUUUGAUUUGUAUCCAGAGGAAGAAUCGAUGCUCAGACGACAAGGAGGUUUUCGGCGACGGCAAAGAUCGGUUUUCAGGAGCGCUGUCACUAGUGAUUCUUGUCUAUUGAACAUUCCGGACAGAAUUAGAGACAAGUUCCCUGGACUUACGCUCCCAAACGGGAUUCCCAGCCCUUUUAGUCCACAAGACACAAGCAUCUGGUGGUCUCGUGAUCAUCAGGUUAGUAUUUCAGAUAACAGCAAGACUUGUGACAUGUCGUGCCAUCUCGUUGGGUUGCCAGAAGCUGAUUCACUGCGAACUUCUAGUCACCAAGAUAUCUUCAGGCCAACUUCUUCUAACAUGAUUGGUCCCGUGAACGGUUGCUCAGAUAUGCGUCCAAGGUUUGGUCUCACGUUAUCUAAAGGAAUCCCAAGUCCACCGAGCCCAUCAAAUGGUGACGAUGACCAAUAUUGUUCCUCAGUCGGUAUUGCAGGAAUCCAACCACUUUCGACGUCCCCUGUUCCACCGGCAGAUAAUAGUGUAGUUAUGUGUAGACAGAAGAAAGGAACAACUGAUGAAAACAGCUCGCCAUUUUCCGACGACACAUGGAACUCACACAACCAUCAAUUCGUGAAGAUGCCGCGUUUUGCUGACGGACAGUUGCUGAAAGGUGCCACACCAGUACGAGGCGAAUGCGAUAUGGAGGAUGAGCAGCUGGACUCCUCUAGUGCGCCUCCUGUCGACCCAAGCCCCAUGGCCCUCGUGGAGCGUCGAUCUCGAUCCCGACGCUGCUUGCUUUUCGCGUCGCCAAGUGGGGCGCCGAAAGCCAGGAGAAUAGCUGCAGUCAGGUCCACUUCCUGGAGAAUGCCCAGGGAUUCCUGUCACUACAGAGGUGAAUUAACCCUGUCAGUGUAUGGCAACGGCUGUCGUCUUACGAUUCACGUUAUCAGCGGGAGAAACCUACAGAAAGCCGGAGGAAAACCAUGUAAUGCGUACGUGAAGGUGACUCUGGUGCCAACCAACGAGGAGCGGACGUUCCACCGCACAUCAGUUCAUCGGGAAUCCAGCGCUCCAUGGUUCGACCAGAAGUUUUCCUUCGAGGUUUUGCCUACAGACAUCGACAAGAGAGUCUUCGUGUCAGCAUGGCACCGUGACAAGGAGAAAAGGAGGAGCGAGUUCCUGGGUUGCAUGUCCUUCGCUCUGAAACAUGCAGUUAAAAAGGAUAUCAGUGGAACCUUCCGGCUUCUGUCACAGAGCGCGGGUCGCACCCAACACGUGUCUGUGGACCCCACAGGGGGCCCAGGGUCCAAGCACUCUGUGAUGGCGCGCCAGUCUGACUCGAGCGUGGAAGAGAUUGUCUGCACACACGAGCCUGAUGUGUCCCCUACACCAGCAAUGGAACAGAGGAAGAACAGUACGAAGAAGAGACUGGAACGAACAGAAACAGGAAAUGACGACAGCAGUUUCCUCCGACACCUGGAACUGGAACCUACUGGAGACAGCGGCCCUGGGCGAGUGUUAGGUCCAGCUGUGGGGCCCAAGCGAGGGCGCACCCCCUUCACAACAACAAGGCGCCUUACCCGACAUGGGAACUCAGGUUUCGGCUUCUCAAUCGCGUGGACUCAGCCUCCGAGGGUGGAGCGCGUUGAGGCAGGCCAGCCAGCUGACAGGGCAGGCCUCAGGCCUGGCGACUAUGUCAUCUUCGUCGAGAAGUGCAAUGUUGUCACGAUGCCUGAGGAAGAAAUCCUGCAUCUCAUUCGCUCAUGUGGGAACCAUCUGACCCUGGAGGUGUACCGUCGGGUCAGUCCAAACGGCCUGGUAGGGGGAAGUACCACUGCACCGCCUUGCUCCUCCACAACCUCACUGGACCUCAGCAAGAGGAGGUUACAUCUGCCUCAGGUCACGUUUAGUAGUGAGGUGUUGUUUCAGUCGGAUCCUGUGAGCAGGGAGGAGGCGAGGCGCCGGGCCGUGUACCAGCUGCUGAACAAGGAGCAGCAGUACUCGCUGUGUCUUCAGUUCGGCCUCAGUAGAUUCCUCGUGCCACUGUCGGAGCGCAGAGACCUGCUCAACGCCAGUGAGCACUACACCCUCUUCCAGAACGCCGAGGAGUUACUCCGGCUGACUGAGGACACCCUGGAGCAGCUGAUUCACGACGACGCAGAACCCUACGGGCAGUCUCUGGGGAGGAUUUACCUCGCCAAGAUGCCCAGCAUGGCUGUCGCCUAUUGCCGUUACCUCUCCGGGCUCAAGAAAGCCGACUGUCUGCUUGCAGCGAAGACCCGAAACCACGAAUUCAUGCGUCUCAUAGUGGAGCCCCCCGUGCCUCGCCGCCGUCCAGACCUUACCGCCUUCAUCCACAAACCGCUCGAGCACUAUAGAGACGUUCUGAAACUGCUGCAGACAAUCCUAAACUACACGAAAGUGAAGGAUGAAGACUAUUCUGCCUUACUGAGUGUCGUGCAAGAAUUGCAGACGACAUACAGGGACGCGACGAUGGGCUCAGGACUGAUGGAGCCGGAAGGUGAAGGACGGCCAUUGUUGUCGCUCCAGGACCUCGAGAGUCGUCUUGUGUUCACUCGCUGCAAACCCUUUGUCCUGAGCUCUCCCGGGCGUCACUGGAUAUUCGGCGGGGACCUGAGCCGCGUUGAGGGACGCGCAGUACGUCCUUUCUGGGCGCUGCUCUUCACCGACCUUAUUGUGUUCGCCAAGGUGAGCCGUGACCGAGUGCUCUUCAUCACGGAGGAGCCUCUGUCUCUGCUGUCCGUCACACAGGCCGUCUUCAAUAUCCGCAAGAAAGCCAACGAGUUCCGGCUACUUAUAGAAGGCGGUGCCGAAGGAACAGAAAGCCCCGCGCCAGGUGGUUGUGGGCCCGAACUUCCGCUUACGAGGAACCCGAAAAGGAGCAGCAGAAGACGCACCAUAUGUCUGCGCGCGCCGACUGCAGAGCUCAAGGCAGUGUGGCAGAUGCUCAUCCAGAGGCAGAUAAUCUACCUGAACACAACGAGAGGUGGGACUCCAGCCAGCAGCCCGAUGGACUCGCCCGACCCACCCACGACGCUCUCCGUCGCCACCCUGGACUCGUUCUCCCUGCGUCGCCAGACACCGAUGCCUGAUUGCAAGUCGCUCGGGAACUCCCAGAGGCACCUAGAUGAACUAAUCGAACACAGAUGUCGUCAGCUGGGCAAGUCUGGGGCAAGCAAGGGCAGCGCUUUACAUCUGGCGCAAUGGAUAAGAGGACAGCUGGGUGGAGCGGCUAUGACGCCCGAUGAGGAACCGGAACCCGAAAUUUGGUCGCCAGAAACCCUGAGACGCCGCAGUGAACAGCUCCAGUUGAUGGGCGUGAGAUCCGAAAGCAGGUGUGAAGAAUUCGAACUGUCGGACACGGAGAGAAGUCAGUCCAGGAGCACGGAGCGGAGCAGGUCACAGACUUCUUCUGACAGUCAGGUAACAGUUCGAUCUGGAGGUCUUGAGAAGAGGGUGUCCGUGUGUCGACAAUGCCACAAGACGUGUCUCUCAAACAGCAGCCUAAUGCAGCAACAGGUCACUGCAGAUAACAACAAUGGACUUGGGCUGGACGAGGAUGAUGAUGAAUGCAACGACAACUGGGGCCCACUCAUCCUCAUGGGAAUAUCAGCGCUCAAUGCAUCAGUGGGUCUCACCAAGUCAUCAGCUGACCCCUUUUCUCCCACUGAGGUACCACUUAUCUCCGUCCUACCCCCUACCCCUGACACUACCCCAAGAAACUCUGAUUUUCAGUGGGAUGACAGUGAUCUCAACAGUCCCCCUGUGGAGGCAACCCCACUGUCGGACAUCACAUCUCAGAGAGAGGAUGAUGAUGAUGAGGAUGAUAGCGUGGACCAAGAACCGCCAUACCAGUCACUCACAUCCCCUGGUGGCAUGAAGAGAUAUGGUACUCUGGCCAGCCUCGAGAUGCUGGACGAUACAAACCAGGUAGCUGAAGAUUCCACGGACUCAGAAGAUCAUGGCGAGUGGGAUUCGGAUAUCGAUGAAGGGGAAUGCAGUAAGAAGCAGGAGUCGUCGGGUCCCCCCCACUUGGAAGUGGUGACACAGUCACUGAGGGGUUGGACGGUCAGAGCAGGAUCCUUUGUGGCGGAAAAGAUGGCACUAUUUGAGAGACUGGGUGAAGAUUCAAGAGCAGCCAUGUUCCUGGACAGGUAUCUGAGGCCGACAGCCGACACUCAGCAACAGCCUGUGUGUGGAGACUCACCACCCGAUCCCAACACGACAUCGUCCGGAGAUGAGUGCUCCACCUCGGCAGCCACAUCUGGUGAGGAAGUCUGGGGUACCCCAACCAGUGGGGGAGAACUAGACGAGGAGCUGGUGUUCCCAUCUGCAGUGUUGCAAGAGUCGCCUGCAGAUUCGACCUCGUCUGCUGGGGUCGGGGAUGACGACACGGAGCUCAUGAUGGAUGAACUGCUAGCCACCCCGCCACUCUCCAGUAGUGCAAGAGGAUUUCCUCCUAGGAGGAGACUGGAGCCCCUCCCUGAGGAAGAGGAUACAGAUAGCCCCACACAAACACCUGCUCCUGUCAUAGAAAAGGAGACUCCUUCCCCUGAACAGGGCAGCGAGUCUGGCGGUGUUGCUGACAAUUACCAUCGUGCACCAGUGGACAACCAGCAGCAGCAGCAGGGUCCUGGCUUCUUCAACCGACUACGACUGCGCAGAUGGCGAGAGGAGCCCCAUCGAGUGAAGAACAGCAGACUUCUUGGUUUCCUGAGUGGCCGGAGGAGCACUGAGGAUGGGACAGGUGGUAGACCCUUAUUCCGUUUGUUCAACAGGGACACGGUGGAUGAUAUCCCAACCACCCUGCCUCGACAACUCACCCCACGCCGACAGAACGGUAAACAACUGGAGAGAAGAUUCUGGAAACAGCUGAAGAGACGAAGAAGUGGGGCUAAUGCACUUUUAUCAUCUCCACCUAAGGUUGCAGCUUGAAUUCAACAUUCCGUCAUCAGUUUCAAGGAUGCUGUUACUGGUUGUAGUCUGAUGCAGUAUAUUUGCUACAGCAUAUUAAAAUAAACGAAAAUGACUGAAAUGUUAUUACUUCCCGAUAGACGUCAUAAUAUAAUGUUUAUGUUAAACAACUGAAACAAGGAAAUUAGGUAUACUACAUAUUAUUAUGGUGUCACCCAUUCAUUUCAGAUUUUCUUAAUAUGAAAAAGGAGAAAAUAACAGACAAUAUAGUUAAAGUGUUUUUAAUCAUCAAGUGAAGAUGUGUUCAUUGUUAACAAAGGACUCAGAGGGUGGCUGUGUGAAGCAAACCUAGAUUUGGUUAUAAGUUGCAUCAAUUACUGCAGAUUAUAUUCAGUUGGGGUAGAAACCUAAGGUGAAUGAGUGUUUUAUAAAGUUAGAAACUAUAUAUAUAUAUAUAUAUAUAUAUAAGAGUGAUAUCUGCCCAAUACUGCAGUGAGUGCUGUAACCUUGUUCCUUCCAUUGUGGCAGUACAAAAGCCAAGCUGAGAAACAUUCAAGAGAAAAUUGAAUGCAGAGAGUGUCAAAAUCACUGCAUAAUUACGAGAGGUUUUUGAAUGACAAAAGAAAAGAGAUGGUGUGAUUAAAGGCAUUACAUUACAUUCUAUCUUGAAUGAAAAAAAAAAUGGAUUAAUCUACGUGUCUUAUAAAUUUUUCUUCUCAUUGUCUUUUUCAGAACAUGGUUCUUGAAUUCAAUGUUAAUUUGUACUGUUUGUCCUUUUUCUUGCAUAUUUAUCAUAGCCAUUGACUCACAGGUGUGGAUAUCAAAUUUAUGAGCCAUUACUCAUUACAGAUUAUUUGGCAGUUCAAUGUAUGGAUUAAUACUCAAAGGAAAUAAAGUAUUAAAUGGACUCAAAAUUUGUGAUAUUGCCUAAACAUACUGGUACUAGCAUAUUGUUCUCAAGGGCAGCCCCAUUAAGUGUUUAUGUAUGAAACUUUGCUUUGGAGCGCAUCUUCAGGUUGGUUAUUUAGGAAUAUUAAAUCAUUGUCAAUGGCAUAAAAUUUAAAUAUUGUUAUGUUGCAAAGAGAUACUGGGUUUUCGGACUUUGUCCCUCG